CAGCCACCGCCAUCUUUCCUAGCCGGAACCAGCUGGGCUGCCAAAGCCCCGCGUCCUGCGCCCCACUAGUCCCCUGCGCAACACCGACCUCGCUCGCGCGGGUUCCGCCCGUCGACACCGCCCGGAGUUGUAGCGUCGCCGCCACACGGAUCUUGCCACCUGGGCCCCCUAUUUCUACUUUUUUUGUUUACACUUGUCUGCGAGCUCGAUCCGCUCGUGAUUCUUCCACGUUGUCAGAUAUAGGACUCAAGGAAGACCAUGGGGAAUUCUGCAGAGAAGAAAGAGCAAAUGUCUAUAGAAACUACAGUUCGGGGGAAAAAUACCCGAGGACCUGGUUUUAUGUGAGACAUUUAAAGUAGCACUUGGCAAAAGUAAGCGCUAUUAAGUAUUUGCUGUGGUUGCUGUGGUCGUUGUUAAUAACCCCUGUAGUCUAGUACUAGGUUCACACUGCUAAAACCUCUUCCUGUUUAAAUUUUUGAGCCAGAUCUUUUCCAGGAGGGCCAAGACAAUUCAGCAAGCUCAAGGGGGAAAAAACUUUUUAAUAAAACAGAUGAGGGGGUUUGAUUCUGAAGACCUUCCACAUUGAGUCCUCUGUGGUGACUUUUAAGACGUUUACGGUGACCAGAUUUAAGAGUCUUCUGGGACAACGUGAUGGGAAAAAUUUAGCCAGACUUUUCCGUAGAGCAUAAUGUCUUCUGAUUCACUGAAUUAGUAAAUUUCAUUGUCUGGCUUUGCUUUACAUUCAUAGGUUAAAAAUCCUUCAGCCCCAUUAGCUGUUUACAUAAAGUAAUUACGGUAAAUUGAAUGCUGUUUCCUCUUUUUAUGCUAACGUUUUCGUUGGCAUAAAUAAUCAAGAUCAUAUAAGUAUAUUGAUUUAAAUUCAAUGUAGAUUGUUUUGUUGUGAAUAAAUCUUUUAAAUGUAUGAUUUUAUAACAUUUUUUAAAGGAAAUACUCUGAAUGUUAAUAAUGGGUGCAAGUUUCUGCUUUUUCAUAAAAAUCUGCUACAUAUAAUACGAAUUAAUGUAUCCAGAUUGUUUAUUUAGAGCUGUAUGUGUUCAACCCCCAUAACUAAACUGUUAACUUCUUGAAGAUCGAGACUAUGCCUUAAGUCUUUGUAUUCCAACGUUUAGCACACGAUGUAUGUUAUAAUGAAAUGACUAGGUCCGUGAGAAUAACGUAAACAUUGUUAAUAAUUGUGAUGUGUAGUUAUAAUACCAUAUACAAUCAUUAUCACAUUUCAGCCUGAACAAUGCAGGCAUGCCCAUUUAACAUGACUUAAAAUAUCCUUUGAUAUAAAACUAGGCAGAAAUUUUAUCCAUAAAUACUACAACUAUUCUUUAAUGCGCCAGGCCUUCAAAAUUUUCAGGUUCACACCACACAGCGCCCUGUAUUUUAUUACUGUAAAGGAGAAGCACUUUUGGAAAGCAAAUAUUUAAAUUAUAAGUUUUUACUAGGCAUCACUGCUUUUUUCCUAACUUCUUUCCUCUAACUUGCAUCCUUCACUGUCACCAGCUGUAUUAAAAACAGAAAGCUACAAGCAAAAACAAACAACACAGCUAUAAUAAGAUGUAGACUCCCCUUGUGUGCAAAGAUAUAUUUGCAAUUCUUUCUAGCAAUUUACUCGGCAAGUGGACUAGGAGAAAAAGCUAGUAGAUUCUCUCUGAAGUGCCAGUCUUCGCUAAGAUCUGGGAUGUGAGUUUGAGUUAAGUAAUUCAGACCAAUGUACAAAACCAAACCAAACCCAUUGCCUUCCAAUCGAUUCUGACUCCUAGCGACCCUAUAUGACAGAGCUAGAACUGGCCCAUAGGGUUUCCAAGGAGCGGUUGGUAGAUUCCAACUGCCGACCUUUUGUAUAGUACCAAAAACCCACUGCCAUCGAGUCGAUUACCGACUCAUAGCGACCAUACAGGACAGAGUAGAACUGCCCCCAUAGAGUUUCCAAGGAGCGCCUGGUGGAUUCUAAUUGCCGACGUUUUUGGUUAACAGCCAGCUCUUAACCACUAUGCCACCAGGGUUUCCUUUGGAUAGUGGCUGAGCUCUUAAUCACUGCUCUGCAACCACUUUAACUGAAAAGAAAAUCAUGCGCAUUGAAGAAGAACCCCUGUGCCUAGAGAUGGGAGGCGUGAAGACCAAGAACAAAAGAAUACCCUGAGGCUUGUUGAUUUUCCUGGUAGGAAUUUGGCUGUAAUCUUAGACUCCAGGGUUUAGAGGAAACGACAGGUAAUUUUCAAAGCUUUUACUACUAUUGUAAUGUUAAUUUAACCCGUUGCCUAGAUCCUUUGCUUUUGUAACAUAAGGUAAUUGUUGAUUCCAGCUAAAGUACCGAGUACCCUAUGUUAUGGGAGAGAAUCAAUGCCCUACGUAAACUUUCAGGGUUGCCUUUCAAGUGAGCGUUUAACAGAAUACAUCCCAAGGCACUGGGAUGGGUGUUACAAAUGGAUGGUAUUCAGAAAGUGAAAAUCGCUCCCCAGGGGUGUUGUAAUUGGAAAACAGCCACCGGGACAGAAAAUAGCUAGUUACCAGCUCCUUUUCUAGAGUUGUGUUGUUCACUGUGUGUCAGGGGUGUAGGUCUAUACCGUUAGUGUAUUUGGCCAGAUUUUAAAGAGCUCUGAGACCAUACCGGAAACCCUGGUUGCAUAGUGGUUAAAUGCUACGGCUCCUAAUCAAAAGGUCGGCAGUUUGAGUCCACCAGGCGCUCCUCGGGGCAGUUCUACCCUGUCCUAUAGGGUCGCUAUGAGUCAGAAUUGACUCGACGGCGAUGGGCUUGGUUUUGAAGGAGACCAUACCGGUCUGGAAAACGUUUUAUUCAUUUUAUGUAUGUAUGUAUAUAUACAUAAAAAAUUUUAUGUAUAUAUAAUUCGCCUAGUUUUUCUUUUAAGUCUGUCAUCAUCCUAAACACAUAGAAGAGGCCUGUAAAUAAAUUGUAUUAGCUUUCUUUUCUCCCACUCCAUAGAACUGUUUUAGUAUGAAUGCUGUAGAGGCAGAAUGCUGUAGAAAAAAAGCUACCUUUAUUUUGAUUUGCAUCAAAAAACUCGCUUAAUUUCAGGUUUCGCUUCCAGAGUCAAUCAUUACGCAUCGAACCCUGUAGUAACUUUGGGAGAAAUGUUGGAAUUCGCUGUCUUUGUCUGCUAGGUUUUCUUUUCUUAUCUGUCCGCUUCACGACUCUAACAUCCACACUUGGGGCACCCUGGAAAGCGUCCCGGUACCGCCCAUCGCGGGCGGCGGCCAAUCACAAGCCUCAAGGAGUUGGUGGACUUAGCGGCACGGCGCGGAGUCCUGGGCCGUCGCCGAGGGACACUCGCGAUUGGUCCGGGGAGUACGGCGUGGAGCCAAUGGGGGCGGCGGCUCGGGAGAGCCGGUGGAGAGCGCGGGAAGGCGCGGGAUAUAAACGAUGGCGGGAGAUUCGUUUUCGGGUCCUUGUCCCGAGAAACGUCCUCGGCUGGGGAGCCAGUUGGCUACUUUCAUCUCUUCCGGUUUCAACAUGGUGCGGACUAAAGCAGACAGGGUCCCGGGCACCUACCGAAAAGUGGUGGCUUCUCGAGCCCCCAGGAAGGUGCUUGGCUCCUCCACCUCUGCCACUAACACCGCGUCGCCCUCGUCGCGGAAAGCUGAAAAUAAGUAUGCAGGAGGGAAUCCAGUUUGUGUUCGCCCAACUCCCAAGUGGCAAAAAGGAAUUGGCGAAUUCUUCAGUCUGUCCUCUAAAGAUUCAGAAAAAGAGAAUCGGAUUCCUGAAGAAGCAGGAAGUAGUGGCUUAGGAAAAGCAAAGAGAAAAACAUGUUGAGAAUCCCAAAAUUGACAGGUAUGAAGACUAUCUGAAGGAUUUGACUAACUGAAGAAUGCCAAUAUUAUAGUUGCUGAAGUUUCAGGUAUGCGACUGAAGAGAGAGGGAGACAACAUGGAAAGUUAACUAAAGAUACGAUUUCAUUAAAUGUAACUUAAGGAAUAUGAACAUUUUAGAUUUCACCUUAAUCUAGAUAAAAAAGGGUGGGCUGUGGAAUGGAGAUUCAGUUUUCUCUUUGGUUCAUGAAAACUAUUAAUAUAAAAAGCUUUCACGAUUCUAUUUGUGUGUACAUUGGAAGGAAACCGCAGAUGUUUCAGUAAAUCUUUGAUGGAUUGUUUAAGCAGUGCUAAUUUAAUGCUGACAUUCUCUAGAUAAAGUUUUACAUUGCUAAGCUUUCAUUGUUGUCUUGGGAAUUUAACUUUGGGGCCUUGGAUUUGACAUUGCAUUUGACUUGGUAUGUAGUAUUUGACAUGUGCUAGGGCAAUGAUGGAUUGGACUCUACUCCAAAUCCAGCUAUCAUGAGUAAUGCUUGCAUUUCCGUUUAUAAAGUCAAAUGGCAGGAAUUUCCCAUCAUGCAUUCCCACGCAACAAGAAUGCCAGAUUCAUUUAGCUUGAUUCCAAAAAUUAGAAGUGUACCAACUUCAACUAACCUUAAGAUGCUUUUUAUUUCUGAGUAUUUUGAAUAAUUUUUGCAAUUUAAAAUGUGAUCUGUUUUGAAGGCAUAUCUGACAAAUUUUGAAGAGGCCAACAAGAACGAGCCAAAAAUAAUGUAAAUCAUGUAAUUCAGAAGAGAAGACUGAAAUCUCGCCUGCUUUAAAUUCACUAACACUCUUUCUGUAAACACUGUUUGUUUAACUUUAUGGAUCAGAAUUGCCACAUCUGGAAUACUUUCUAUAUCAGUCAAUAUUUUUUAAUAGUUAGAACCUGGUUCUAAGUCUAAUGACUUGAUUCUGGAAAGUAAAUCCUUUACAACUGCUUUGAUGUACAGACACUUUUGUAGAAAUACUGUCAUGAAAUCUUUGGUUCACAUGGUCACACACUGAUGUUUAGAUGUUCCAGUAUCCAAUAUGGCCAUAGUAGUCUUAUAAUAACCAAAGCCAAUAUUUGCCAUCUUGAGGAACCUACAGGGGAACAAACAAAUCUGUAGAUCUCAACCUAUGGAAUAUGAAUGAAUACCCCCUUUUGCUUCAUGUCUGAACAUGGUGCAUCUGUUUUGGAUUGUACAUUGUGUAAUUUCUCACGUUACGGAAUUGAUUAGCAUUGAACACAAACUAAAAAUAAAUGGCUGAAAGAGCAAUUAAAGUAUUUGGCAUAAAUGAAAUUAUGUUUAUGCAUAUAAAAUUUUAGAAGUUAGUCAAUACUGUUCAUAAGGUCAUUAGUAAAGGGUUUCUGAGUUCCCACUAUCCACCUUGUAAGAUAUUUGAAAAGAAUGUUCAGCUCUGUAGCAGUAAUAAUCUUAGGCCUUUUUGCUACAUCACUAUUAUGAUUUGUGGUUUCAGUAAAGAUACUGAUUUUUAACCAAACGGGAUGCAUUUUUAGAUAGAGCUAUUUUAAUAGACUUGCUUUUAUGGCCCUAUUAGUCUUUUAUAGUUUCCUCUCAUUGUCUGGGGCAACAUUCUUCCUUGUUCUUUCUUUCCUAUUCUGUGAAUAAGCUAAUAGCUUUAAUAAGCUAAUAUUAGCUCUAGACUAUAUUUCAAUCCUCUGAAUUAUUUGUGACUUCCAUUAAGGAAAUAAAAAUUUUUGUCAAUACAGUCAAAUAUGACUAUAACACUGAUCAUUCUAGGAAUCAAACUUAUAUCACAGGCUUUCCCUCAUAUGGAGAGAGAUUUUCUAAAGAACUUUAAUCCAUGGUAUAAUAAAAUCUGUGACAUAAUAAUACUCUUCUAAAACUAGGUAACAGAGUUUUACAUUAUUCAUUUAGGUGCUUUGUUUAGACUUGUCUUUGUUUAGGAAAAUUGUAAUUACCUCUUUAUUGAAAUAGCGAAUGAGUUUAUUGAAGGACUUCUACUCUAAAUUCCUUAAUUCAUAUUCUGAAAUAUGCUUACUCCUGUGGCCUUAUUUUUCUCCCAAACACAGGGUAAACUUUCAUCAGUUGUAUAGGGAUAAUCAGAAUAGAGAAAGAGUAUCCACCUUAAUGAACUAUGAUGCCUAAAAUAAAUCAGGCCUUUUGAAAAAGAAAGUUUUGGUAAUGAAAGUGUUCAUUUGCUAAUUUAAUUUAUUUUCCAGGAAAAUGCAAUGAAGAGCUCUCUAUAAUCUAAUAGUAGGUAAAUCAGUGAUAAUCUUAUACGAAGUCUGAAUACCUGCAUUUUCACUUCCUUCUUUGACUACCUAGCUCUAUGACCACUCAGGCUCACUAGAUCUAAUUUGAUAACUAAGGAUAUUAGAGUAGUGCUCACAGAACUUCUCCAACUCUAAAAAAGGAAGCUGAUUUACGAUUAUGUUUUAAUUGAAUUUUUCUCUAGAAAAAGCAUAAUGAGUGCAAAAUGGCUUUGGGAAAUGUAAAUUAUUUCUAAUCUAUGACUACGAUAUGCCAAUUUAAACUAUUUUUGGAUUUUUAAAUUAGGUAAUACAUUCAUAUUGUUCAGAAGGGUAUAUAGUCAAAUAUGACAACUUGUCCAUAUAUUUUCUCUGCUCAAGUGGAUUGGUUAAUUUUUUUUGUUUUUUAUUAUCACAGAGUUCUUGCUGAAAGAUUAUACUGUUUAUCAGUACACUUAGCAACAUGUUGAAAGGUACUACAGAAAUAAAGAUUCCCUUUUUAAUAAAAAUGGCCACAUAUCCUAAAGGAGAAACAUUGAUUCUGCUAAUUAACAGGCAAAAUAAAUUGUUAAAAAUUUUGUUGCACUAAUACUUGAAAUUUGUAGGUUUGUCAAUUAAUGGAGUUUAAUUUUCUCCCAUUUCGAGUCACUUGACCAGACUCACUGCACUGCUAGAAGUUCCUGUUUAUGCAGAUGUGUAACGGUUUUUGUUUUAUUGUUUAAACAGUUGAUACUUGGGUGUCUAUUGAAGUUCUCUGUUCU